AUGCGACCAACCCUCCUCCCGCUCCUCCUCCUCGCCCGCCAUAUCUCCGCCCAACCCCCCUUCUUCAACAUAACCAUCCCCCCCAUGCUCCGCUUCCAAUGCUCCCAACUCGUCGUCGAGCGCCUCGACCCCCUCGUCACCCCCUCCCUAAUCCCCUCCCCCCACCUCCACCAAAUCGUCGGCGGAAACUCCUUCACAGCCUCCAUGCCCCCCUCGCACGACCUCGUCACCGCCUCCACAUGCACAAGCUGCACUUUCUCAGAAGACUUCUCAAACUACUGGACCGCCGUCUUGUACUUCCGCGCUCGCAAUGGCACGUAUAAAAGGGUGCCGCAGUCUGUUAGUGAGGGGCUGAAGGGCGCGGCGGGGAUAACGGUGUAUUAUACACCUGAUACGAAGAAUCAGACUGGUGUUACGGCUUUUAGACCGGGGUUUCGCAUGUUGGUUGGGGAUGCGACGGCGACGGAGAAAUCGGAGGCACGGAAAGUGUAUGCUGGAGACGGGUGA